AUGAGAGAUUUUCAGAACACGGUCUCUUUUUGUGAGCUUGGGGAUUUGUCUUCUGCUGGCCCUAAGUUUACUUGGAUUAAUAAUCAGGAUUCAAACCCUAUUGGUAAGAAGCUUGAUAGGGCGCUUGUUACAUCGGAUUGGCUCCAAUCUUUUCCCCACUCUUACGCGGGUUUCGAAGCGGGUGUGUUUAUUGACCCUUUACAUAUCUCAAAAAGCAAAAGUGUUUACACUUUCCCAAACAAAAACAAGAGAAGCCCUAGAAUCUCUCUAGAAAUUCUUCCUCUCCGGCGCUUCUUUUCCUCUUGUUUGCUUUCUCUCCGCCAUUUCCUCUACGGCGCUCUCUUCCUCUUGUUUGCUUCCUCUCCGGCGCUUCUCUUUGGCAGAUCCGGCGGUGGUGUUCAAAUUAACAGUGGCGGUAGAUCAAACGGAGUUGGUGGGUCGUCUUCUCACUCCUCCAACCCGUCAUCUUACGAGACAGGUUCGGUUUCUCAGCCGGUGUUACCUAGUCAAUAUCCAUCAUCGUCUCAACAACGACCUCUCCGUCAGCCACUACCAGCGGCUCAAGCUUCACAACCAAUGUACCAGAAUCUCCAUCAUCAACCGCCGCCUCCUCCAAAUCCGGAGCAUCAACCGCCGCCUCAGGAGCCGAAUCAUGAGCAACAAGACUUUCAGCAGUUGUUGGAUGCUUUAAUGGUUCUUCCUGGAAGACAACAUCUACCAAUCUUGAGUCAACAUGAUAUCCCUGAUCGUGAGACUAUAUGUGUACUUUCACAGAUAAUAAGGGAAACCCCUUUCGACUUGGACAGCUGAAAGAGACGAUCAAAAAUGGGAAGAGAAAAGAGAGUUAUGGAAGCUCUUCUUCGUCUUCACUGUUAGAGAUGCAAGAAGAUCUUGUAGCUGCUCGUCGUAAGCUUGCUGAAGUGGACCAAGAAAAUGCUAGACGUGACGAGGAGGGACACAAAGAUCAAAGUCGUAUCACAAGCUUGGAGAUGAUGGUCUCCUACAUGAGGAACAAAGAUCCUGCCUUUGCAGAAUUAUUGGCUACUCAACAGCCAGAAGCAACCGCAGCAGCCACCUAGCUUCUCAACCACCAACAACCGCAGUCAUCAUACCACCCAACAGUCAUCAUACCACCCAGCACACAAACAGGCACCCUUCCAACAACCACAGAAGCAGCAAUCCAACCAGCUGGACUCGCACCUACUGAAACCACACCAGCCUCUCCUUUAUGUAACACUGAUUCAAACCAUAUGAACUAGUCUUUUAUUUGCUUAUGUUUUUGUACUCUAUAAUACUUUGCAGGUUUGGGAUUAUUAACGAGUAACCAAUCUGUGACCAAACUAA